AUGGCUGCAUUUACGAAUAGAUACUCUGCUCUCUUACAAGAGCCUGGCACCGUAAUGAAUGAGACCGACGACACCCAGCCGGUCAACGCGCGAUCUGCGACCAAAGGUUACAUCCGCAGGGCUCAGAGCUUACUCAGAACAAGAGGAUUCUCUCACAAGCGAGCAUUUUUGUGGCCUGCCAUAUUACUUCUCGCCACUAUUCCUCUCAAUCGUCAAAUUUUUAUCCAUUCAUUCUCGUCUUCCUCGUCGCUCUUUUGGCUCUCCAUUAUUCUAUCUAUUUUGCUAUAUGCACUACGCAACCUCCGUUUCGACCCUGGGGGCUUGCCCAGCCGCGUUGCUCCAGAGGUUCUGGAGACCAAGCUCAGAGAGCUGGUUUCACGUAUCAUCGACCCAGUGUACGUGAACAUUAUCAACGAUAAACUCGGCAACAAGGCCGCGUUUGUUCAAGCAAAGACUGUCGAGGAUGCACAUAUCCUUCUCAAGACUGAACUCGAGUACGAUGGAAUACCUCUCCGUCUCCAACUUGCCAAGGCACAUCGAUCCCUCACGGUCUGGUUUCGCAAAUUGGCGGGUCCGGCGCCCAGCUUGCGUCUCAUUAGGAGCAAGCAAGGAAGUGUUCGAGCUAUGGUCAACGAGCUCCAGGCGCCCAAUCCGUUCACACCUCCCCGCAAAGAGGACCCAUACUCGGGAUCUGGUCAACUUUUCCCGCAAAUUGCAUACAAUACAGCCUUUAUGAGGAAGAUUUGCGAAGCUCUUGGGCCCCUCGAGAGUUUUGAGCCAGCGGGCAUGCGUCCAAUGUACGACGGUGGCGCAGGAUUGACCGAGUCGUGGCAAGUCAAGUGGCAAGACCGCUCGGACGCUAUACACGCCAAAUCAGUUUUCUCCUUUUUACCCUUCGUUGGUUGGACCUGGUCGCACGAGGAAAGGCAAUACGAUAGAAGCUUUUACGGAGAUGGAUUCCCGGUCAUGGGUAGAUAUCAUAAGCAGGCAAGCGUUUACAGCGACUAUCACCCUCUUAUCCCCAAACCGUCGCGGAUUGGGGCUCCUGGUGCUGUCGACGGAUCGUUUCCCAGGAAGAGCGCAGAGGAAUUUCCUCCAUUGUCUGCGGUACAACCUGCAAAAUUGUCCAACAUCACGUAUCAGCCAAGUACAUCCGACGUGACGGAUAUGCCUAUUACCCCUACCUCUCUUCUUUACUCGUCUCCAGUCAUCGUGUCUCCCACCGAAGCCGUUUAUCUUGAUCCCCAUGCAGCCGCCCAUCCCAGGUUGGAGGAUGGGUCUACGACAAAGCCCUUUCGUCCUCGGAUUUCUUAUUUCUAUGACACGCUUUACGUCAGCAACAUCCUUCCAACCACUUCGGAUGGUGACUUGGAGCAAUUGUUCGCACCCUAUGGGUCGAUCAAGGAAGUCAAGCGUGUCAAUUAUCGUGGCGAGUUGUCCGCGGCUUUUGUUACCUACGGCGUGGAAGCAAACGCUGCAAACGCAGUCAGAGAUUUUGGCAACGGCGUAGUCUUCAAGUUGGAUGGACGCGAGCUCCGAGUAGGAUAUAAGCGCUACUAUCAAAAGAACCAACGUAAAGGAAGAACGUAUGAUCGUGUUCGCAUUCUACAACGUCCCGAAGAAAAGGAUGUCACACUGUUGGUGGCAACUCCGACUACGGAGCUGCUUCAACUCCCAGUUGAAGCUCCGCCCAUUUCUGAAUCCGAUCAGUCUACGGAUGAAACAUCCAAGGACACGGGUGGAGAGUGUUCGGAGACGAAUUUUACAUCCUUUGAAGAAUCGAUAGCGCGGGAUAUACCCCGAGGUCUUUCGUCUUCCCCGGAACCAUCGAGCAGUACUCAAGGUGAAGAGGAAGAGCAGAUAGAAGACGUAGAAGAGGCAAAAGAGCAGAAUAAACGUCCAAGACCCUCAGUUGACGUCGAUAUUACGCCUGUUCAUGCUGCAGAAAUCCCCAAGCCACUUCCAGAGGACAUUUCGGGACCGACGGGUCCUCGGGCAACAGUCUACUCACAGCUUUGGCAGCAGCAAUACUAUUCAGGAUGGGGAUAUCCGUAUCCAGUCUAUCCUCCUCCAAUGGCAAUGCCUCGGUACCCGCCGCCGCAAUGGUACCACGCCCAGCCACCUCCAUAUGCGUCAUCUGAUCCUUAUGGCUCGAUGGGACCUCCCUCUCAGCCGGCCCCAACAUUUCACAACGGACCGAUUCUGCCGUCUGGGAGCUAUGAGAAUGCGGAUGGUGGAAUCACAUAUGUGUACGCGCCAGAGGUGUUGAAAAAGUAUGUGCCAGAGUUGCAGUCGGAGCCGGAUCCAAACAGAGAGACUACGAGAGUCAAACACGCAAGGGCGGUACAACACUCGUUUGUCAACGCAAUGUACCCUCAAUUUGGACCUCCAGAGGCCUAUCAUCGUCCUCCGCACCCUCACGUAUACCCGCAUUCGGUGCACCCGCACUACAUUGGUCCUCGGAGAAUGUACCCAGAAGGUCCACUGGCUCAAGAAAUGUUCAACCAUCGACCUCCAUUCGAGCACGAGAUGGCAGGAUACGUGCCACCGUAUGCUCCCAUGAUGCGAGGACCAGCCGUGCAGACUUUACCUCCGACGCGCCCGACUGCCUAUGCAAGAGCCUAUGACAUGUCGAUGAACGGAUAUCCAACCGCAACCGUACCCGCUCAUAGUCUCCCUCCUCCGGCACAGCACUUUCCACAGCUGGAGCACUUAGCGCGCGAUAGGACGUUUAUGAACGCGGCAGCGAAUCAUGGCGCCAGUCGUCAUCGUCGGAGUGUGAGCAGUGGGAAUGUCCGAUUCGAAAAAAAGGAUGGCGAUGUGGCAGAGGGUAGCUUGGGACGGUCGGUGUAA